AGAAGCAUCAGCAACUGGAAGAGCAAGGGCAAGUAUAGGUAAUCGCAAUGAUUAGUAGAUUGAUUUAGAAAUAGAAUUUGAUGAAUUAGAGAUACUUAUAGAAUCUUACAGAAAAGUUUGGUAUACAUUAAGUAUAGUCCUUGUUCUUCUAGGUGGAGGUUCUACUUGUACUUGUAAAAAAUACAACAAAGUAAUAAAUGAAAAGAAGUUUAUUUAUUUCCAUGGUUUCAUAAUGACCGUUUGCCGUUCAUUGCGUCCGUUGGAAGGCUCUGCUUCAAGUCGUGUAGUAGGUGGACCCGCUUCUUGUGGUCUGUUGAACGGUGCAGAGGACACCUCGACCAAAGUCGAGAAGCCUUUGCCUCGGUUACGCACGCAGGACAUACGGGAACUCGUUUUGGCCUGUUGUCUCUACGGGGACGACGCGACGCUGGCGCAGCUCCCGGAGUGGGAGCGAUCCGUGAUAGAGAAACUCCUAAAUCGAGUGGAGCACAAUAGCAAUAGUACUAGGAAGAAUAGCGAUAAGGAGUCGGGUGUGGAUACGAAAGUUUCAACAGCGGGAGACGAGGAGAAUAAAAAGGAAUCCGUAAGUGCUAUUUUUACAACCGAAAACAGUAAGGCGUCCUCGAAGCAGCGAGGGAAGAGCGCAGAACUCGAACUUAUGAAAACUGUUCGUUCACCAUAGGUAAUGCUAAUGAUCAUAGCGUGGAGCUGGAGGUCAGGCUUAGGUUUUUUAUUUCUGGUCGUACACGAUCACGAGCACUAGCAUCCUCUACUUAAGCAUCACCUACAUCUGAAAGUCCUACUUCAUGUUCACCUUGUUCUCCACGUGUAUAAAAGUGGACAGACAUAGCCAACAUAAAAACUACCAACGGCAAGACGGCAGCGCAUGAUAUUAACCAUGUGGAAGAUCGCAUAGCCAACUGCCAACAUAACUUAGUACCCGCUACCCCUCUACCCAGUUCGUGUAGCAUUGAUAGCUACCCGUACGGUACCCGCUAGCCUAUCUUUUCUAUUUGAUUGUCUUUCAUAACCCAGUUCUAGUAUUACUUUCACCUCCUAGUCCAUUCUCUUUCAUGAGAUUGGUGCAGAACUAUUACGCUCGGAACGUGUUUGGUCGCUCCGAGUAUCUGCAUCGAUUAACAGAGCUUGUUGGUCGUGUACUUCACGAGAAUCCCACUGAGUUUUUACACAGCGAUAAAGCUGAACUCCGAGUACCUACCAAGCCAACUAGUACCACUCCUACUAUAGCAGGUGUGCAAGUCCGCGGAGCCACCGGCGCUGCGAACAAUAUCAGCAAAGACGAGAGAGAAACUAGUAUUACUGCUCACCAGGACACUUGUUCGACCUCUACAGACCACCAGGAGACUUCCACUUCUGCUUCUGGGGUGCUGGACUCGAACAUCAACACGGCCUCCACUUCCUCACAAGACAAGAGCUCUUCUCCUUGCGGAACUGGAGGAGCACACUCAACUCCAGAUUCGAGAGUUGGUUUGCUCAGGCGAAAACAUCUAGCUCUAGGACGCGCCGUCUCACCUGCUGUCUUGGAAGAGCUUAUCCAAACUUCACGGAGCACGCAAUUGCUCAGCCAUAAGCUACCCAAGGAUAGCUCCAGACAUGUAUGAGCUACAAAAAGGUCCAUCUCUUCGUUAAUGUGUUCGUGCUCUUCUACGAGUCCAGAUUGAUGAACAAGACUGGCAUACCCAACAAGACAAGACAUCACAACUUCUGUACCUGUAGUGGCAUAGACUAAUAUCUUUAUGAUUCAUUCGCAUGAGAAAUUUUUCUAAGACAUUCAAACGAGAGCGGGUCAGCGGCCGAGCGCCCUGAUUUUUCGCUGCUUUCUCUUGCGGGGAAGGCGCUCUACGGGUGUGUGGCGACGAUUUUGAGCUUUUUCGCACCUGGACCAGGAG